AUGGCUACAUUGUGCACAGCAACACUUGGCAGUUAUGUUUUACCAAAGAGUCCAUCACCGGCUCAUUUGUGUUCCUUACAGAGAGGAAGCCAAUUCAUUACGGGCCCUAUUGGGGGUGUCCCACAUUUGAAGAGUGCAAGGAAGGGUUCGUCUUCGUCUCCUUCUUUUACCAUCAGAUGUUUGAAAGGUGUUGCAGCCCCUACACCCGAUAUUCUUAGUCGCCUUUUCAAUGGAAGAGUUGUCCCAACCCCUAUUCCAGACCCAACAGUCGUUACAAGACAAGACUUCCCUCCUGAUUUCAUUUUUGGCUGCGCCUCUUCUGCUUUGCAGACGGAAUCAUCGGCAACAGAAGGAGGGAGAGGACCUAGCACCUGGGAUUUUAUGCUCGCAGAUGGAAUUGCAGUCGACUCAUACAAUCGAUACCCAGACGAUGUGCAACAGCUUGUGAAAAUGGGAGCGGAUGCUUACAGGUUAUCCUUCUCUUGGUCUAGGAUCCUCCCUGAUGGAACAAUAGCUGGCGGUAUAAACCAACAGGGUAUUGAUUUCUACAACAAGUUCAUUGAUGAACUAGUCAAGUAUGGCAUAACUCCAAUUGUGACGCUUUUCCACUUCGACUUGCCCACGGCACUGCAAAAAAAGUACUAUGGGUUCUUGGACAGCCAGAUUAUAGAUGACUUCAAAGCCUACGCCAAUCUCUGUUUCCAAACAUUUGGAGAUCGAGUAAAGUACUGGGUUACUGUCAAUGAGCCACAAAUUUUUGCACAAUAUGGGUACGCUACAGAAUUGAACAAACCAGAUGCAGAGCCAACAACAGAUCCAUUCAUUGUCGCACAUAAUAUCUUACUAGCCCAUGCCUCAGUUACUAAAUUGUACAGAGAGACUUACCAGGCAACUCAAAAAGGAGAGAUUAGUAUUCCACUGGUGACCCAAUGGUUUGAGGCAUAUGAACCCGGGCGACCUGAUGAAGAUGCAGCUAAGAGAGCGUUUGACUUUCUGACGGGAUGGUUUUUGGAGCCCCUGAUAUAUGGUGACUAUCCGUUCAUAAUGAAAGCUCUGGUGGGCGAUGGGCUUCCAACAUUUACUGAUGAACAGAAAACUUUAGUUCAAGGAUCAUUUGAUUUCAUCGGUGUUAAUUACUAUACUACUAACUAUGCACAAGGUCUUCCAAUGUUAGGUCCAAAUGAUACUAUUACAAGCCAAGUUGAGUUUCAGCGCGUUAAUCUCACUGCUACGAAUAGCAAGGGGGAGCUCAUUGGGCCACUGGCACCAGGGAGCGAUCAAAUUUAUAUUUAUCCACAAGGGUUAAGGGAUGCACUGAUAUAUAUAGGCAGUACUUAUGGCAAUCCCAAAAUCAUCGUCACUGAGAAUGGAUAUCCCGAGAAACGAGAUGACAGCAUUUUAGUGGAGAGUGCCAUACAGGAUGAUGGUCGAAUUGAACAUAUGAUUGGUCAUCUUUAUGCAAUUUCAGAAGCGAUAAAGGCGGGAAUAGACGUCAAAGGUUACCUCAUGUGGGCUUUGAUGGAUUGUAUGGAAGUGGGAUCAUUUUAUAAUGUUCGAUUUGGCCUUGCCUACGUAGACUAUCUCAAAGAUUUAGAGCGAACAGCAAAGAAAUCCUCAGGUUGGCUAUAUUCUUUCUUGAAUGCGCCCGCAGCCGAACCCACACCCGCACCUAAAAAACGGAAAUCAAUUGCUAUUUGAUGCUAAGCUAUAUCAUUUGAUGUCAAUGGACUUUGUUCGCUUCUGUUCAUUUACUUAUCUCCCAUAUAAGUGAAGGAGAGGGAGUAGGUGGUGUUAUCUUUUUCUUCCUAAAGGUAUCUAUCCUUUGUCAAGAAUAAAUAUAGUACUUGAUAUUUCAAGUAUUGUACCCCAUGUAACAGUUUCAAAUAAUCGAUUGCAGUGAAAUUCUAAUGUCAUCUAAUUAUGUUUUGAGCAGAAUAAAUCACAA